AUGCCGCGCGGCUUCCUCGUCAAGCGCAGCCGGCGCCCCGGUGGCUCCUACCGGGCUCGCCCGCGGGAGCAGGACCCAGACCGGGACCCGCCGCCCGCCCCUCCGCCGCCGCCGCCGCCGCCCCCGCCGCCCACCGCCGGGGACAGCCCCACCGCUAGACAGGGGGCGGAGGAGGAGGAGGAGGAGGGCGAGGAGGAGGAGGGCGCCGCCGCCGCCGCUUGCCCCGCGACGUGGCCCCCCGGCGGCGGCUGCAGCGGCCCCGGGGUCACCCAGCCGGAGGGUCCGGCCGCUUGGGGGGCGACGGGGCCGUGCAGCGUGGCGGGGCCGCGGGCGGCUCUUUUCGAGCGGUGCCUCAGCUCCCCCGCCUCCGCCGAGUCCUUCCCCUUGGCCGCCUCCUUCCCGCCCGCCGAGAAGCUGCUGCUGCAGCCGCGCACACCCCUGCCCGCCCCGCCACCGCCGCCGGUGCCCGCGCUGAAGCGGCCGUCGCGGGCCAAGACGCCUGCCAAGAAGGGCAAGGCCACGCGGAAGCUGAGCUUCGCCGACGAGGUGACCACCUCGCCCGUGCUGGGGCUGCGCAUCAAGGAGGAGGGGCCCGAGGGCCGGCCGGGACCGCCGGCGGGGCGCACGCCGCUGGGCGAGUUCAUCUGCCAGCUGUGCAAGGAGCAGUACGCGGACCCGCUGGCGCUGGCCCAGCACCGCUGCUCCCGCAUCGUGCGCGUCGAGUACCGCUGCCCCGAGUGCCACAAGAUCUUCAGUUGCCCCGCCAACCUGGCAUCUCACCGCCGCUGGCACAAGCCGCGUCCCGGCCCCAGCGCCGACGGCGCCGCCGCCUCCCCGCCGGGCAAGGAGAACAGCCCCGAGCGGCGACUCCGCGGCCCCGCCGCGCCCCCGCCACAGCCCCCGCCGCCGACCCGUCAGCACCGCGGAGGCGCGGACAGCGCCGGCGGCGCCCCGGCCGCCCCCGGCCCCGGCCCCGGCCUCGGCCCCGCUCACAGCGGCGCUCCCGGCCCCGGCGGGGAGGCGUUCGCCUGCCCCUGCUGCCAGAAGCGCUUCCGGCGGCAGGCUUACCUCCGCAAGCACCUGGGCACCCACGGGGCAGCGCGGCCGGCCGCCUUCGGCCCGCCGGAGCGCGGGCCCCUCGCCUUCGCCUGCCACCUCUGCGGCGCCCGGUUCCCCUCGGCGGAUAUCAGGGACAAGCAUCGGCUGUGGCACGCCGUGCGGGAGGAGCUGCUGCUGCCGCCGCCGCCGCCCGCCAGCGUUCCCGAGGGCGGCGCGGCGGGCGGCGAGCGGCAGGGCUUCCCCUGCAAGCACUGCCCCGCCACCUUCUUCAGCGCACCCGGGCUGGCGCGGCACGCCAGCAAGUGCCACCCGCCGGAGAGCAGGCAGGUCCUGCUGCUCCAGGUGCCCGUCCGGCCGGGCUGCUAGGCCCGCGGCUGCCUCGGUGGGACUGCUCCGAGGGCCCGGGCUAGCCGAGCGGGUCCUGGCCACGCUGUAAUUCCUAUGGAAAGUCGCGGCUCUCACGGUUAUGACGGCGGAGAAAGCCGCCCGCGGACUCCCGCCCGCCGCCUCUCCGGCCGGUGGGUAGCGAUGCGCGCCCCGCACGGGCACGGCAGCGGGCUCAGCCUACGAGCGGCACCGCCGCCGCUCCACGGGGCCGGCCAGCAGCACUCACACCGAGCCCCGCACGGGAGGGAGGGCCGCGCAGACCCCCAGCUGCCGGGGCGGCUGAAGGACUCGGGGCGGCUGUGGGCACGAUCCCGGGUGAAGAGUCCUGCCAGCGUCUGCCGGGAGUCGCGCAAUGCCCGGGCGCCGGGUACGGGCCCACCGCUGGUAUAUCUUCCGUGGCGACUCUCGGAUAGAAAGUACAGCUGUAUAUACGGUAUUUAAAGAGAGGAAUUAUUUUUCGUGAGAAAAGGAGCCUGAUCUAGUGACCUUGUUUUAAUAGCCUUAGCCCCUGAGCUUCAACACUUAAGUUAUGGUGAGGUGUUUUGUUUGCUGUACUCUGUACUAAGAUAGCCGAGAAAGUAAAUGUUCAUAUUAAGUCAAUGUCAAGUCAUAUAAUAGCUAGUAUGGGAAACUAAUUGUGCUGUCUGCUUAAUUGAAAUACAAGGUGUUGAUCUAUGUAUGCAUCUCCUGCUUACUCUGUGUCUCUGUACUCUAGCGACUGUGUAGUAGGCAAAACACGUCUCUGGCAGUUGCCCAUUCCAAAACCUGCUCUGUUAGUGGUUUGUUAGUGCAGCACAGACAGUAGCCAGGAGCGCAGUUCAGUGUCACCUGGCUGGGCAGUGUGUGGCCCUGCCAGGCCCUGCAUCGUAGGCAGGUAGAAAGGACCCCGUCUGCAGCUGGCCUUUUCAGGAGGCCUCCGACCCCUCUCCACUGUGAGCUGCGCAUUUGAUGUGAGUUCCUCCAAGUCUUGUGAACAGCUGAAAUUAGGACAUGAAACAGUCUUUAGACGUUUUGCUAAAGUGCAGAUGACAGGCUACCUUCCUUCUCCCUAACAACACCUACUUUUAGCAAAGCAUCCUGUGGUGUGUUCCCUGGCUUUGACAGUGCUCUGGCCAAAUGCUUUGAAAUGCUGUUGAAUUUACCAGCUACUGACAUUUCAGACAUAUUUAUUUAUUUAUUUAUUUAUUUACUUAUUUAAUUUUUCAGUUUGAGUGCUUGUUUCUAAAUGUUAUAGCAGAUGAGGCUAAAAACAAGGGCAAAACAAUUCAAUAAAAGAUUUUAAAUGUAGCUCACACCUUUUUUCAAUUCAGCAGGGCAAAGUGGGUCAGCUGGUGAUUUCUGAAGAACCAAACUGAUACCAGUUGUAGUCUUUGUUCUAACACUCUCUCUGAAAUAAAGCAUGUAAAAUAUUUCAAUCUCUUGUUAGCAUCCUCUAAAGCCAUUAUUUCUGUCAUUUUACAUUUUGCUUCACACAAAAAAAGAUUCAGAUGUAUCAUGCCCAAAGGCUGCAAGCAAGUGAUAAAUGCUUUGUUUUAAAUGCGCUUCACAGACUUUUGUCAUUUUAGUGCCAGGACCUGGACAAAUGAAUUAAAACAAUAUAACCUAAUAUAGCCAAGAUUUGCUCUCUGACAGAGGAGGCUAAACUCACAUCUCACUCUUCUGACAAAAAUAAAACAUGUUUUAAGUUGUGCAUUUUUCUGUCAUUUGUUGGUAACAAUGGCAAAAAUGCCCAUUUAUGCAUUUAAUGGGUUCACUCCUGGAGAAGGUCACUAUGUUUAUUUAAAAUCAUCGUUCUCCUUUCUCCACUUGUGCAGUCAAAGAUGAAGGGUGCCAGACUACACAAAUGUGAUUAUUAUUAACUGCUCCUAAAAUCAGCACUUGAACAACCAGCCUGCAGGAGAGAACGUCCUGUGCUUUAUAUUACAUGCAAUGUAUUUACUAGAUCUGGGGAAAAGUUUUCAGUCUGGCAUUCUUUUGAUGCAUUGGGAAAGAGCUCCUAAGAACUCAUAUACUUAUUUAUACAAAUGAAAACCAAGCUGUGUAUUGCACUUAAUUGCUCCAUAUCUAUGUAGCACACAAUUCUUCCAUAAACUGGAGUAAGAAUCUAGUCAGUGAGGUGAAUGACUAAUAUGCAAAAGGUGGUAAGAAUAAUUUUAUUGUAUUAUUAAAUAGCACGUCUUCUUUUCAACCAUUACAAAUUUGUUGAUACUACAUGAAUGACAAUACAUAAUUUCUCUUUUUAUUGUUGCCCAUAUGAUAUAUUUACACAUGCAGUUAGUACCGAUGCCAUGCUACAUUUUGUUAACAGCAUUUUGUUGUUUACUAGACUCAAAAUGUGAGCAUUUCACCUUUUGUAGGAAAAUACCUCUGGGUGGGUGGAACUCGUGCACUAACCUGCGCUCGCAGGGUUGAAAUCAACAGCAUUUCAGGCCAGGCUCCCGGAGCAUGUUCCCUUUUCUUCCCUAGUACCCAUCAUCACAGCAAUGAAUUUCUAUUAGGAAAGUGUUUGUUUUUAAAUUUUUUUUUAAUGUAAGAAAAAAGAAUAUACAUCUAGAUGGAGCAUCCCAAUGACAAAGGCUAAAACCCAUGAAACUUGAUAGCAUUUACUAUUGAUACCACUUGGAAAAGCAAACAUUAUAAAAAUAUUUGGAAGCCAAGCAUAAAUAGAAUUUCAGCACAGUGAUUUUUUUUCUGGCAUAGAUUAUCUGCAGAGUUAUGAAAUGAUACAUUGCUUUGUGAAGAAAGAAUUGGUGCUAUGAGUAAAUUAUUUCAUUUGGAUUCUGUAAUGCUUGAAAGGCCAUUGAACUAUUUUAUUCUCAACAUAAAUAAUCUGUACACAUCCUGUGCAUUAACAUUGUGACAUCUGACAAAGACUUCACAUAUGCAAUGUCAAUUUAAAAUUGUACAUUCAUUUUCAAAUUGUACAUAUUUCUUUCUUUGUUACAGAGAAAAUUGCAAUGGGGCACAAUAAAUACAGUGUAAUCCA